AUGACUACAGGCCCUUCUCUCGACUCGGCCAUGGGCCGCAGUCGCCAGGACUCGUUCGUCAGCGCCGGCCCCAAGCCCAUCUCCAUGAUCAACCCCAAUCGCGACCCGACCGGCCGCCCCCGCAGAGAGUCGCUGGCCGGCAGCAUGAUGGGCGGAAUGAGUUGGGGAGGUAUCUCCGUCGGCAGUUUCAUUAGAGAUGAUAUCAUGAUGCAAGGAACCUCACCCUACUUGACCCACCAGUCGCCGUCGUUCCACUCAUCCUCCUAUAUCCCCAAGCUAGAAGCUAACUUCAUGCGCGACUUUACUUGCUGUGACCGUAUAUGGCCUACCCUGCAUGAUCUUCUACAGCAUUAUGAGGAGAACCAUACUCAACCCACCCCUCAGUCUAUGAGGAACUUUGGUCAGAUGCCUGGUCUGCCGUCAGCACAGAGAACGCCCAGCGCCAGGCCUGUACCGUCCACGCCGACUAUGACCCAGCAGACUCCAAUGCAAGCCCAAGGACAGAUGGGCCAGCAGAACAGGCAAGUGACCACACCUCCUGGAGGUAUGGGGAUGGGUGGCAUCGGCCAGAUGAUGCGCCAGCAGCAACAGGCGAUGCCCGGGUCUUCAGGUCAGAAGCACGUGUCCAUGUCCCAACUGAAUGACGAGAUGGACGCUGUAGGGGACAUGGAGAUGGACGAUGCGCUUGGGCCGAUGGAUAUGGAUGACAGCCAGACGACCAUCCAGCAGACUCGCCAGAUGUUUGGCCAGCAGCAGCGACCGCAGCUGCACCUCAACAGUUCUGGUCUGCCACAGCAAGCUCUCCGGACAUCACAGCCAACGACUCCGGCCGCGGCAAGCUUUGGCUUCCAGAACAAUCCUACAGUAUCCUCGGUCAAUACCCCCACCUUGACGACCCAGCCUUUCUCUAACCGGGGACAGGCUCAGUUUGGCGACAUCACGACCGGAGACAUGGACGAGGAUCUUCCGGGCAUGUCCAUGAAGAUGAACCUUGGAAAUCUCAAUCUGAAUGGUCUUAAUGGCAACCAGUUCAACAUGGGAUUCGGCAACGGCACUAAUGGUGGCUUGGAUUUCGGAACCAUCGACGAUCCUGCGAAGCGACUCUACAGCCCCGGCGGCGGGAUGAUAAAUCAGCAGCGGAAUAUUAACAACCAAUUCGCUCAAUUCGGCCUGGAUCCGAGCCAAUUCCCUCCCGGAACCGAUACCGCUGCUCUGCUGCAGCAAUUGGCACCCCUGGUCAUGCAGGAGGAGCACAAGCCAUUCAAGUGCCCAGUCAUUGGUUGCGAGAAGGCUUACAAGAAUCAGAAUGGCUUGAAGUACCACAAGACUCACGGUCACUCCACACAGCAGCUCCACGAAAACGGUGACGGAACCUUUUCAAUUGUGAACCCCGAGACAUCCGCGCCCUAUCCUGGAACGAUGGGCAUGGAGAAGGAGAAGCCCUUCAAGUGCGAUGUAUGCGGCAAGCGAUACAAGAACCUUAACGGACUCAAAUAUCACAAACAGCACUCUCCGAUGUGCGACCCGGAACUGCGAGCGCAACAGCAAAAUGCCAUGGCGACGUUGGCUGCCAUCAGCAACAAUCCUAUGGCUCUUGGGCUCGGCGGCAUGGGCGGCAUGACUGGUUUGCCCAACAUCGGUGAAGAGCCACAAUAA